GGGCGGGGAGCGGGGGACGCGGGCGGGGCGAGCGCCUGGACGCGAGCCUCGGGCGCCUAGCUGCCCAGACGGCGGCGGUGGUGGCCGCACGCGCGGCCCGGCCUCUGUCCUUGCGGCGCUCCAGUCCCAACCCCUAGCACCAUGCCGCCGCCUGCGCCGCCCACCGUGCUGGUGCCGUCGGAGCGCGCGGUGGUGCUGCUGUCGUGCGCGCUCUCCGCGUUCGGCUCGGGCCUGCUGGUGGCCACGCACGCCCUGUGGCCCGACCUGCGCAGCCGGGCACGGCGCCUGCUGCUCUUCCUGUCCCUGGCCGACCUGCUCUCGGCCGCCUCCUACUUCUAUGGGGUGCUGCAGGACUUCGCGGGCCCGUCGUGGGACUGCGUGCUGCAGGGCGCGCUGUCCACCUUCGCCAACACCAGCUCCUUCUUCUGGACAGUGGCCGUCGCUCUCUACCUGUACCUCAGCAUCGUCCGCGCCUCGCGCGGGCCCCGCACCGACCGCCUGCUCUGGAUCUUCCACGUCGUCAGCUGGGGAGUCCCGCUGGUCAUCACCGUGGCAGCUGUUGCCCUGAAGAAGAUCGGCUAUGAUGCCUCGGAUGUGUCUGUGGGCUGGUGCUGGAUCGACCUGGAGGCCGAGGACCACCUCCUGUGGAUGCUGCUGACGGGGAAGCUGUGGGAGAUGCUGGCAUAUGUCCUGCUGCCCCUGCUUUAUGUCCUGGUCCGGAAGCACAUCAACAGAGCGCACACGGCACUCUCUGAGUACCGGCCCAUCCUCUCCGGGGAGGACCGACUGCCACGCCACUCCUCCGUGGCCGAUAAGAAGCUGGUGCUCAUCCCACUCAUCUUCAUCUGCCUCCGGGUCUGGAGCACCGUGCGGUUCGUGCUGACCCUCUGUGGCUCCCCCGCGGUGCAGACGCCGGUGCUGGUCGUCCUGCAUGGUAUCGGGAACACGUUUCAGGGAGGUGCCAACUGCAUCAUGUUCGUCCUCUGCACCCGCGCCGUCCGAACCCGGCUCUUCUCUGUCUGUUGUUGCUGCUGCUCUUCUCAGCCUCCCGCUGAGAGCCCAGCCGGCACUCCCAAGGCUCCUGCACCCUCCAAGCCACGAGAAUCUCAGAAAUCCCAAGGGACCCUAGGGGAACUUCCAAGCACCUAAGCUUUUGUCCUGCCUAGUUCCCUGCAUAGGUGCUGUCUUCCUGGGGACAGGCGCUUCUGUGAGUCCCUGCGGCAGGGGCAGGAGGGCAUGUCCGCUGCACUGGAAGACCCUCUGUUGAUGCUCUUGGCUCCAUUGGAAGCACAGCCGCCAACUCAGCUUCUUCUACCUCUUAGAUCCUCGGGCAGCAAGUUCCACGCGUACCAGUGUCCUGGUGCACUGGAGCGGCCGUUCAUCUGCAUAAGGGUAGCAACGAUGAGAUUCAGGGAAACCAGUGGUCCACGAUUGCGGCCACGGUGCCUCCACCCGGUGGACCUCGUGUCCUGAGGACCACACAGCACUGUUUACAGUUUGAGGGACCCACACCUGUGCAGCUAUCCUUUGUGUGAUUAUAUAAGCUGUCAGGGGGCCCCCAGAGAUGUGUCCCAACCCAGACAUCACGGAGCAGAUUCCUGGCUUGUCAGGGUGUUGGGCUUCUUUGGAGAGCCCGGCUGUCCUUGGAGAGUUUGCUUACCAGAGGAACCAGUUGCCUUUCACCAGGUGGAAGGUUCCCCUGAGGUUACAUGGUGAGCACAGCCCAGCACAGCUGCUCAGGGACAGCAGUGUUCUCCCCCACCCCGCUUCUGGCCCCUCCCUCUGGACUGCUAACCCUUGCUAUCACUUGGGUUUGAGUUUCAAGCACAGACCAGAAUCCACACACCUGCCCCCACCUCUCAAUCACUUCAGACACAGAUUUCUCCUUCCAAUUCCAGGGAUGGAACAAGGACAGGUAGAGGCAUCUCAGGGAACCCCCAAAGAUCCCACUGUCUCUCCAGCUCCUUUCUUACAGUCCUCCUGCUCUUGCGGAGACCAAAGAGGGUGAGGGGGCCUGGCUUAUUUAUUUCUUAGUUUAGUUUUUUGUAGGUAAAGUGGCUGGAGAGAUGAGUAAUCCAAGUAUGAUUCCUUGGCUGGGCGCAGUGGCCACGCCUGUAACCCAGCACUUUGGGAGGCCACGGUGGGAGGAUCACCUGAGGUUGGGAGUUUGAGACCAGCUUGGGCAACCUGGUGAAACCCUGUCUCUACUGAAAAUAGAAAAAUUAGCCAAGUGUGGUGGUGAGCACCUGUCCAGCUACUUGGGAGGCUGAGGCAGGAGAAUUGCUUGAACCUGGGAGGCGAAGGUUGCAGUGGCCCGAGACCACACCGUUGCACUCCAGCCUGGACAACAAGAGUGAAACUCUCUCAAACAAACAAAUACAAUUCCUCCCUAAGGGUGAAAGUUUUAAGAUUCAGCUUUUUUUUUUUUUUUUUUUUCUGAGAGGGAGCCUCACUCUGUCACCCAGAGCUGGUGUGGUGAUGUGUGCCCGUCGUCCCCAGUACUCAGAAGGCUGAGGUGGGACAAUCCCUUGAGCCCAGGAGCUUGAGGCUGCAGUGAGCUGUGAUGGCACCAUUGGCAUUCCAGCCUGGGCAGCAGCGGGACCCUGUCUCAAAAAAAAAAAGGAUUCAGCUGUUCUGGUAUUUGUGGCAGCAGGAUCAUGGCGUGAUUAUUUUACAUUUAAAAGAAAAGGAUUUAAAGUGAGCACCCGGCAUCUCUAUUUUUAUUCUGUGGCUCUUCCACAAACAUUUUUCUCUUGUUUCAGAAAACAGUUUCUCUGUUCAAUCACAGGAGCCAUCAGCAAAGAGUGGGAAGUGGAAAUCCUCCCUCAGGGACUUGGCGAGAGGAAGCAGGGCUUUACCUGAGAGGUGCUUUCCCUUGGAAUCCAUCAGAACUCCACGAAGCGUGAUUUUCUGAGCCUCGUAAAGUGGUUCUGGAUCAAAACCAAAGGCACGCCGUGCUGCCGAUCCGUUUUACUCUCAAAACCCAAAUCUGUAUCAGGAAAGGAAUAGUCAUUUAACAGACUCCAAAAUGCUCAUUUUUUGUGUCCUUUUCAAAACGGAUUUCUUUUAUUUAUUUAUUUAUUUUUAGAUGGAGUCUCAAUCUGUUGCCCAAGCUGGAGUAAUGGUGUGAUCUCGACUCACUGCAACCACCACUUCCCAGGUUCAAGCGAUUCUUCUGCCUCCCAAUCCCAAGCAGCUGGGAUUACAGGCACCCGCCACCACACCCAGCUAAUUUUUUUUGUAUUUUUAGUAGAGACUGGUUUUCACUAUGUUGGCCAGGCUGGUCUCGAACUCCUGACCUUAGGCGAUCCACCCACCUCAGCCUCCCUAAAUGCUGGGAUUGCAGGAAUGAGCCACUGUGCCCAUCCAAGAAAACAGAUUUCUUAAUGGAAAUCAAUGAGAUGCAAACACCCCCUUAGGCUUGAAAGUGAGCUCUGGGCUGCUCCAGGGAAAGCUGCUUGGCAGAAAUAGCCUCUGUAAGUGAAUCCAUGGAUUUCCCUAAAGACAUGACAGCAAAUCUCUUUGUGUGUCUCUGUAAAGACCCUCACUUGAGCUUCUAGAAGGGAACAGAAAUUCAGGGAUUUGCUUGCUGCAAAAGAGAACCUGAUUUACAGACAAAAGAGAAAAGACAAUACUAGAUCAAGAGGAUUAAUAUCAGAAUCAGCCCUGCUCAGCAGAGGCCUCCCCGGAGCCCUCCCUGCUCUACCCAAGACCAUGUGUCCAGGCUGAGAUGUGGACUUCCGGAUCAGCUGGCCGUGGUCAGGAAGGGCCUGUAGAGGGAGCUGAGGGCUCAGAAAACACCUGCUCUGAGUGCCCGAGCUCAGGUUCUCAUUCCAUUUCUUUGAUGCCACUGGCCACUCUGUCUGCUUUUGUAAAAACCUCCAAAAGGUUACACAUCGGGUGUCUCCAUUUCAGCUUCCUCUGCUCCCCACCUCUUGCCGCAGACGAAUGAUCACCAUCAGUGGUGGUGACCAGGUGGGUAGGGCAGGGGCUUGUCUGCGUGCCUUAGCCUAGGCCUCUGGCCCACUGACUCGAAAACAGCCUCCUCCUUAAGAUCCUCCUUCUUAAGAACCUUCCUUAGAUCCCUCCUGCUCAGAUCCAGAUAAACUUUCUUCCAAGCACCCAUGACUUGGGGCUGAACCAGUUACCAAGUCAGCCUAGCUGGAUGGAUAGCACUCAGUCAGAAAGACUGGAUGGGAAGGAAGUCACAUCCUAAAAGUCCAGGAGGGGGCUAGGUACAGUGGCUCACACCUGUAAUCCCAGCACUUUGGGAGGCCAAGAUGGGCGGAUCACCUGAGGUCAGGAGUUCGAGACCAGUCUGCCCAACAUGGUGAAAUCCUGUUUCUACUAAAAAUACCAAAAACAUGGCCAGACUUGGUGGCGUGUGCCUGUAGUCCCAGCUACUCAGGAGGCUGAGGCAGGGGAAUCAUUUGAACCUAGGAUGCAGAAGUUGAAAUGAGCCGAGAUUGCACCACUGUACUCCACCCUGGGUGACAGAGGGAGACUCCAUCUCAUAAAACAAAACAAGUGCAGGAGGGGCUGUUACUUCUGUUACUACUUUUUUAUUGAUUUUUUUUUGAGGCAGGGUUUUGCUCUCUAGAGCGCUACCCCCAGGCUGGAGUGCGGUGGCUCCAUCAUGGCUCAUUGCAGCCUCAACCUCCCCGGCUCAGGCGAUCCUCCCACCUCAGCCCCCUGAGUAGCUGGGACUACAGCUAAAUGUUGAUUUUUUGUAGGGAAAAGAUUUUGCUAUGUUGCCCAGUCUGGUCUCGAACUCCUGGGCUCAGGCAAGGGGCUGUUACUUCUGAUCGGAGCAAAGCGGGCCGUGCUCCUGCACGCUUCGCCCAGCCCAGCGGGCUCCUUUCUCCUCUGUUAGUGUGGUUAAUGUUCAUCUGCCUCAUCCCCGAGUCACCCAAGUGUAACCUCAGCCACAACAGGUACUGCAGCCGGAACAGUGUCCUCGGCUCGGCGUCCCUCUCCCAUGCACUUUCUGAACUUUGGUCUUUUAACCAGGUUUACCAGCUGCUUUCUGCCUUUUUAUGCUUUUUGACGGUUUUGUUUGUUUGUUUGUUUGUUCUGUUUUGUUUUUUAAUAAAGAUUAUUAUUUGGCCCAGGCCGAGGGUAUAAACAGAAUUCUUCACGUGUCCACAACAAGAAAAGCUGUUUUUACAAACUUCGAGUCAAAAGUGUGAGUUUUUGCACCUGCAGAAUUGUAAUGCAAGCCCUGACCGGGCAGAAGCUGAAGUCCUGCUGUUUUAAAUUAAAUAAAUUAUUUUUCUCCUAUGUGCUCCGUAAA